AUGAGCAUAGGAGAGAAAACCAGUGGUGGUUCAUCGUGGAGCAGGGAUGAUGAUAUUGCUUUUGAGAAAGCUCUAGCAAUUUAUGCCGACGAAACUGAGAAUCGCUGGGAAAAGAUUGCUGGAUUUGUUCAUGGAAAAACAUUGGAGCAAGUUUUAAAACGUUACGAGGUUUUACUUCGUGAUGUUAUGAUGAUUGAAUCAAGCUAUGUAUCUCUUCCUGAGUAUGAUUCUUCAGAAGGAACACAUGCCAAAGAUACAAACAUUUCGGAGUAUGGCAUCAUCAAUCGAACAUGUGAGUAUACGCAAGAAUGCAAACCAAAACCAAAGCAAAGACGACGUAAGGGGAUUGCGUGGACACCGGAUGAACACAGCCAGUUUCUUAUUGGUCUGGAAAAAUAUGGAAAAGGUGAUUGGCGUAGUAUUUCUCGUCACUUGGUAGUGACAAGAACACCGACUCAAGUCGCAAGUCAUGCUCAGAAAUACUUCUCGCGUCUUAACUCUAAGAACAAAAACAAAACGAGACAAAGAAUUCAUGACCGUGACGUCGGAAGCAGCAACACCUCAGCAAUGCAAAGUCCAAACACAUGGCAAAACACUCAAGCCACUUCGCAACCAUCACAAGACCAUCAUCCUACAUAUAGCACACCAACCCUAUGGAACACACAAGCUACUUUACAACAAUCACAAGACCAUCCUAUGUAUGGUACACCCACCAAAUGGAACAUGCAAGCCGCUUCGCAACCAUCGGUGAAUAUACCUAUCUAUGGCACCCACACCGUAAACCAAUCAAUGGUUGGACGUAUGGUCUCACCAUUCGGAAGUAACAUGAACCGCUUGGCUCCACCUCACAUUUUUUACGGAGUUCAACAUCAUUCAGCACCUUACUCCUCGGUUUCAAGAGCACCUUACUCCUCGGUUCCUAGUGCACCGUUUAACAUGGCAGCUUCGUACAACAUGACAUAUGCACCUACAUCUCGUUAG